CUCGUUUCAUCUCAUCGACAACCCAGUUCAACGAUUACUCCAUAUUGAUCUUGUGAAUCUCUCGAGUCUGUCGCGUGUGGAUUCACAAGGUCGCUCAGUCAGUGUAACUAAGCCUGCUACUUUUUGCGCAACGCAUGUUCAAGAAAUUCUCCUCAUUGUACAAACUACAUACUAGUGGUACUAGAAUGCGCUUGGAGCUCUUUCAUUUAACUCUCGUUUGGUAGCAUUACUCUUAUACUAUAUCGUGCCCUUUCGUCUUUCCCUCAGGGCUAUCGAUCUCAUCAAUCAUGCCUUUCAUACUCAUUCUCUCGCUAUACGGUUUCUCGUUCUCUUCUCGACAGCUCUACCCUUCUUUGUUCCCUAAGCUCCUAUCGCGAGCUACCGUCCAUGAGUCCUUGACUGCACAGGAUGCCCUGAACUAUCUAUCGACUGGCUUGCCAUCGGUAAUCCUUGUCACUGACCCAGCCCUUUCAUUUGACGAGCCAGAGAAUAAGGCUCUUCUAGAAGCGGUAGUUGACUGGACGAAGCGCGGCGGCACUACGAUCUUUAUGGGUUUCUUCGCCGAAGCAGUAGAACUGCCCCAACUGGAGAACUUAAUGAAGUCAUCUUUCAGUCUUCAUGAUUGGGAGGUGGAUGAGCACACGUCCCAUGAAGCCACUCUACGCCCCAAUAUCCAGACUGUGAGAACGCAAAGUCUGGAGCAAUUUUAUUACUGUAAGGCCCUGUGGUUGAGAAACGUCCCUUCUGAGGAUUCCGUGUACUCAAGGUCUGGAAAUCUCCCUGGAACUACCCCCACCACGUGCGCGGCCUUCGCCACCGUAGGAUUCGGCAAGCUGGGAUACAUUGGGGAUACCGAAUUUGGCGAGGAGCCCGAGAGAAUCAUCAUAGCUAUGUGUCGGCUUGACAUAGAAGAAGAUAACAUGUCUUGAGAUCUGGGCCGGUUUACUUCGAACUUUGGAGGUAGCUUGAUCUUUAAUUCCACCCCUGGCAUUACCCUCACACUCAAUCAGAGAUUGUGUCGAUCUUAUGUCAACUUCCGUGGCCUCAGAUCCGAAGUCGAAGUGGACGUUCUGGUAGAACGAUGCUGUCGGUUGUAAUUCAGACCGGAGGUUGCCAUCGUUCACCAACCACCUAUGCCAAGCACCCCCAAUCUCCGCGCGAUUUCCUUCUCGAGUAUGAGGAACACGAGACUACUCGUAGCA